GAAAAUUCGUAGACUUUUCGCUGCCACAAACAUUUCCGUUGUGUCGCUGAAAUUAACGGCAGCAAGAUUGUGAAAAUAAAAAUUUAUAAAAAAGUGAACGAAUUUGAAUAGGAGAAUUUGCUAGUUAUUUAUAGUGAAGAAAAGUGCAUACUGUGGUAGCCGCAAAAGUGGUAAAAAGUUGGUCAAAAAGUACUUGAAAAGAUUGAGCCUCAAGGAGAGCAAUUAUUUUCAAGGACUUUCGCCGAAACACUGCACUAAAGCAUUGUGUGAGGUGCAGUUUUCAAAGUGAAAAUUGAAUAUGUAUUCGCUUGCAAUGUACACAAUUUGCAAAAUGUUCAGUAUACAUAUAUGAAAGCGAAGCAACAGAAAUGUAUCGGAAGUUUUAGUUACUUGCACAAUAAAGUGUUUUGCUUUUCGAGAACAUACUACUUAAGACUAAAAUUUUGUAGCAAGUCUCAAUUAAACAUUGUGUGUGUUCGUGUGUGAAGCUAAGAAAAGUACUCAAAAACGGCGACUCAAAGCGCUGCUAGCCAGCAGACGACAGCCCACCCACUACCCUGGGGGCUAAAGCACUGAAAGGCCAGCAUUCAAGAUGGAUGAAUGCGAGAACCUCGUCAUAAAUCUAGAAGACGCAGUCGAGACAUACGAGGACCUCGCCGACAACGACGACAUACUACAACAACAGCAACAAAUAAUCAAUGAUAACGACGCUGAAGUCAUUCAAUUGACGCAGGCAUUAACCGAAGGCGAUAUAAUGGGACAGGCCGAGAGUAAAAAGCAUUCAAAGAAACAUGGCGGCAACACCACCGGCACUAUGGGCGCUGGAGUGGGCAUUAUUGAGACCAAAGGUACAGCAAUGUCCUUCGGCUUUCGCAAGAAACUCAAUACAACGCCGAAAAAAUUCAAGAAGUUGCUUGAAGCCGGUGUUGGCGGUGUAACUGGCGGUGACGCAAAAAGGAAACAAGACAAGUGCAACAAUAUAACAACAACGGCACGCGAUGGCAAUACCACUUCGGGUGAGGAUAAUGAACACACGGGAGCAGUGAUAAAUGACACAGGCAAUGGGGAGACAUUGCAGGUCGAGCAACAGCAGGACGACAAUGGCAAUGCAGAUACAGAGCUCCUGGCGAAAGUACAUUUUGAGAAAAUGGGUGCGGCAGCCGCAACUACACAACGAUCUAAUCAAAGCACCGCGAACGCAGGUGCCGCCGGCCAGCCAGCGAAUCUGCCUGGUGUAGCGUCGCGUUUCGGUUAUCGCGGCUCAAAUAUUGCGCGUCCGGCAUCAGCUGGUCUAGCGCAGCGCUAUCAAAUGGAUAUGCAGGAAAAUGCGGAAAACAACAAUAAUUGUGGCAUUAAUGGUAACAUCAAUCGAAUUGGUGGCGUGGGCGUGAAUGGACAACAAAAACCGCUUGUGAGCAAUUUGAAGCGCCGCUCGAAGAGUGCACAUGCUGGCAGGGCAUUGACUUCAGGUGAUGAGACUAGUGAGUCGGGCAGCGCCA